UUCAUAUUAUGAGGUUGAAGACACUAUCAGAUCACCUCUAUAAAUCUGCCCACACCCUUAGAACUCUGGAACAGAUCAAGAAUAUAUAAUCCUUUAAACUUUGCCAAUUCCAGUUCUCAAAAUCCACAGCAAUGGGGAAUUGCUUAACUUCUUCACAAAACGAACCCCAAACACGCCCCAUUGAUUCCGCUUUCAAGCUUCCUUCCCCGUUGCCCACCUGGCCUUCAUCAGGCGGUGAAUUUGGGAGUGGAUAUAUUGAUCUGGGAGGCCUCCAUGUCUGCCAGAUUUCAUCUUUCAACAAGGUUUGGGUAACGUACGAAGGCGGGCCCGACAACCUCGGAGCCACAAUCUUUGAGCCGUCGUCCAUCCCCGACGGUUUUUCCGUUCUGGGUUACUACGGGCAGCCCAACAACCAACCGCUUUUCGGUUGGGUUCUUGUCGGAAAAGACAACAGCACUGGCGCCGACAUUCUCAAGCCGCCGAGUGAUUACAAUCUCAUAUGGAGCAGUGAGACUCUAAAAAUCAACCAAACUAGUCCCGCCUAUAUCUGGCUACCCGUCCCGCCGGAGGGGUACAAGGCCGUCGGCCACGUCGUCACCACUUCGCCGGAAAGGCCCCCGGCGGACAAAAUCCGGUGCGUCCGGGAAGAUUUCACCGAGAAUUGUGAGGCUGAGAGCUGGGUUUGGGGACUGGGGAGCUCUAGCGACCCAAACGGCUUUAAUGUCAACAGUUUGAGACCAAACAUUAGAGGCAUAGAAGCCCAAGGCGUCCCCGUCGGGACAUUUACGGCUAAUAUCGGCUCAGCCGCCGUUUCUCUAUCGUGUCUGAAAAACAACAAUUUUUCCACGUUUUCUCCCAUGCCUAACCUCGCCCAAAUCGAAGCAUUGUUCAAAGAAUAUUCCCCGGUGGUUUAUCUCCACCCGGAAGAAACGUACCUAACGUCUUCCGUUAACUGGUAUUUCGCCAGCGGGGCAUUGCUGUACAAACAAGGAGACGAGUCUAACCCCGUCGCCGUUAAUCCUGACGGCGUUAACCUACCCCAAGGCGGGUCAAACGACGGGACUUACUGGCUCGACCUGCCGGUGGAUGAAAAGGCGAGAGAAACGGUUAAAAAAGGGGAUUUGAAUAAUACGGAGGUUUAUCUCCACGUGAAACCCAUGCUGGGUGGCGCGUUUACCGACAUAGUGGUUUGGUUGUUUUACCCGUUCAACGGUCCGGCGACGGCGAAGCUCGGGAUACUCGACUUACCCCUAGGCCGGACCGGGGAACAUAUCGGAGAUUGGGAGCAUCUGACUCUAAGAAUCAGCAACUUCACCGGAGUUCUGCACAGAAUGUACUUCUCCGCCCACAGCGGCGGCGCGUGGGUGGACAGCCGGGACCUGGAGUUCUCCGCCGGCGGCGGGGGAAACAAGCCGGUGGCGUACGCGUCGCGUAACGGGCACGCGAAUUAUUCGAAGCCCGGGGUGGUUUUGCAAGGGCCGAAUGAUGAGAUUGGGAUAAGGAAUGAUACUGCGAAGAGUGAUUUGGUUUUGGAGUGUGGGGCGAAGUAUUCGGUGGUGGCGGCGCCGGAGAGUGUGAGUUCGGCGGUGGUUGAGCCGGCGUGGCUGAACUAUAGGAGGAAGUGGGGGCCGCAUAUUACGUAUGAGCUUAAAGAGGAAGUGGAGAAACUGGAGGGGGUAUUGACGGGGGGCGUUAAAGAGCUGUUUCAGAGUUUGGUGAAUAUAUUGCCGAAUGAAUUGUUUGAAGAAGACGGGCCGACUGGCCCUAAGGAGAAGGAUUUCUGGAGCGGUGAUGAGAGGUAAAUGGUAUUGGCUGUGAGUGAAUGAAUGUAUUCAAAUGCUGUCAUGUCUGCAAUAGUUUUACUGCUGUGUCUGUGUGUAUGUAUCAUAUGCUAGCUAGUUUAAUUUCCAUAUUCUUCUUUCCCACAUUAUGGUUUAGUUAAUUUUAUGCUGACAAAUAAAACACAAUCUUUCAACAUUCUCUCUUA